AUGCCUUCUUACGCUAAGUUUUUGAAAGACAUGCUUUCCAACAAGAGAAAAAUUGAAGAGAAGGUCACUGUUUCACUAACAGCUGAGUGUAGUGCUAUUCUGCAGAACAAGAUUCCAAAGAAGCUAGGAGAUCCAGACAGUUAUUCUAUUCCUAUUAAGCUUGGUGAUAUUAAGAUCAAGAAUGCCUUAUGUGAUCUUGGGGCAAGUGUCAGUCUCAUGCCCUUGUCAAUCUGCAAGAAGCUCAAUAUGGGUGAAUUGAAACCCACACACAUCUCCUUACAACUAGCAGAUAGAACAGUCAAGUUCCCCCUUGGCAUCCUUGAAGAUGCUCCUCUUAGAGUCGGAAAAUUUUUCAUUCCAUAUGAUUUUGUUGUUAUGAAAAUGGAAGAAGAUGCAAACGUUCCCAUUAUUCUUGGGAGACCCUUUUUGGCCACUGCUGAAGCCAUAAUUGAUAUGAAAAAGGGAAACAUCGCCUUUGAAAUAGGUGAUGAGAAGAUGGAGUACACACUCACAAACUCCAAGGAUUCUCCAUCUAUGGGAGAAAUGGUUGAUAUAGUGGAUGUUCUCAAUGAGGAUACCCCGAUUAUAUCUAACACUCCUUCUUCUAUGUCGAUUGAGAGAUCACUUGCAAAAAUCCAACAUUCAGUUGCUGAGAUUAAGGCAAAGCAGUGCAUUAUUAAGAAGAACUUGUCAUCCAUAUUCACAAUCUUGGAAAACCUCAAUACUUGGAUGCAGUCACCAGGGUCUAAAAGAACAGAUUCUCCAGUUCAGAAUGAUGCUGUGGAUGACAAUGAAGGUGAGGAUAGCUCCAGAACUGAAGUUGAGCGUGGGAAAGUGGAUGACGCAGAGAAACGCAAGGAGAAGGUUACUGAUUCUCCUCCUCCACCACUACCUUUCCCCCAUAGGAUGCAAAAAUCAAAGGUCGAUCAACAACUUGGUAAAUUCAUGUCUAUGGUCAAAAAUCUUGAGGUAACAGUUCCUUUCACUGAUUUAAUUUCUCAAGUAUCUGUGUAUGCCAAGUUUCUGAAAGAUAUGAUCACUAAAAAGAAGGAUUUUGGUGGGAUAGAUAGGGUUGCUUUAACUGAAGAAUGCAAUAAGGCUUUGUGUGAUCUAGGUGCUAGUGUAUCUGUUAUGCCUUUAUCUGUCUGUAAUAAACUGAACUUGGGUGCUUUAAAGUGCACACAGAUUACUUUACAGAUGGCUGAUCGAUCUGUGAAGUAUCCUUUGGGUAUUUUAGAGGAUGUCCCUGUUAGAGUUGGAAAAUUUUAUAUUCCUGUGGACUUUGUAGUACUUGAUAUGGAAGAAGACAGUCAAAUUCCCAUUAUUUUGGGUAGACCUUUUUUAUUUACUGCUGGUGCUGUUAUUGAUGUAAAAUCUGGCUCUCUGAUUUUGAGUGUUGAUGAAUUAUUGGAGACAAGUCUUGAUCUCACUGAUGAUCUUGACAUUGAUACGGUAGCAUCAGAUUGUAAGGUAAUGGAGACUAUUUGCUCUACUUCCGAACCACAGGUAAAGAAGUUAGAACUUAAACCUUUACCUUCUCACCUCAAAUAUGCAUUUCUUGAUGAUGCUGAGGAAUGUCCUGUGAUUGUCAGUACUAAACUCACAGAUAGCCAGCUUUCACAACUUCUUACAGUGCUUCGCAUGCACAAGAAGGCUAUUGGGUAUAGUAUUGAUGAUCUAAAGGGCAUUAGUCCUGAUUUCUGCAUGCAUAGAAUUAAUUUGGAAGAAAAUCACCGCCCUUGCAUACAACCUCAAAGACGUUUGAAUCCUAAUAUGCAAGAGGUGGUGAAAAAGGAAAUUAUGAAACUACUUGACGCGGGCAUCAUCUACCCCAUCUCAGAUUCUAAGUGGAUUCCCAUUCACCCAGCUGAUCGGGAGAAGAUGACGUUCACUUGCCCCUAUGGCACUUUUGCAUAUCGCAGAAUGCCAUUUGGUUUGUGCAACGCCCCUGCCACAUUUCAGAGAUGUAUGAUGGCCAUUUUUUCUGAUUUCAUCGAAAAUAUCAUGGAGUGCCACUUUAUGGUGAAUGACGGAGUGGUACUUGGACACUUCAUAUCUGAGCGUGGCAUCCAGGUGGAUAGAGCAAAAUUGAGGAUUAAGGAAGCAUUGAUCACUGCCCCUAUCAUACAACCUCCAGAUUGGAGUCUUCCUUUCGAGAUCAUGUGUGAUGCUAGCGAUUAUGCGGUUGGUGCUGUGCUUGGUCAACGGAAAAACAAAGUCCUCCAUGCCAUCUACUAUGCCAGCAAGACCUUAGAUGAAGCCCAGGUCAACUAUGCUACUACAGAGAAAGAAUUGUUGGCCAUUGUGUAUGCUCUUGACAAGUUUCGGACCUACCUCAUAGGUUCGAAAGUGAUUGUUCAUACUGACCAUGCUGCGCUGAAAUAUCUCUUGGCCAAGAAAGAGGCCAAAUCACGACUAAUACGAUGGAUAAUGUUACUACAAGAGUUUGAUUUGGAACUCCGUGACAAGAAAGGUGUUGAGAAUGUAGUUGCAGAUCAUCUCUCCCGGUUGAGGUUUGAGUCAAGUGCUGACGGUCCCAUAGAUGAUGCUUUUCCAGAUGACCAUCUUUUCGUUGUGUCUACUCAAUCUCCAUGGUAUGCUGAUUUUGCUAAUUAUUGUGUUAGUGGUUCUCAUCCUCCUGAUUUGACAUACCAACAGCGCAAGAAGUUCUAUCAUGAUGCCAAGCAUUAUUUCUGGGAUGACCCACUCUUAUACAAGAAGUGUUCAGAUGGCUUGUUCCGACGAUGUAUAGCUGAUUGGGAGAUAGUUGCCAUUCUCCAACAUUGUCAUAGUAUGCCUUGUAGUGGACAUCUGGGCUCACAAGCCACCGCUUAUAGAGUUCUCCAGAGUGAUGCUCGUGUUUUUUGUCUCUCUUGUGAUGAAUGCCAACGAACGGGUAAUAUUUCAAAGAGGCAGGAGAUGCCCCAGAUGGGUAUUUUGGAGAUUGAACCCUUUGAUGUAUGGGGCAUUGAUUUCAUGGGACCUUUCCCUUCUUCUUGUGGGAACAGGUAUAUCUUGGUGGUUGUGGACUAUGUGACUAAGUGGGUUGAAGCUGUGGCUUCCAUUACCAAUGAUUCUAAGGUAGUCAUGAAGCUCUUCAAGAAGGUCAUUUUCCCUCGAUUCGGAGUCCCGAGAGUCUUGAUCAGUGAUGGGGGAUCUCACUUUCACCAGCGAACCUUCAAAGCUUUACUGAAGAGAUAUGGAGUCACUCACAAAGUUGGUUUAGCCUAUCACCCUCAGAUUAGUGGUCAAGUUGAAGUCUCCAAUCGUCAGAUCAAGCGCAUUUUGGAGAAGGUAGUCAACAGGUCAAGGAAGGAUUGGUCAGAAAAAUUGGAUGAUACUCCGUGGGCUCUGCGAACUGCUUUUAAGACACCUCUAGGAACCACCCCAUAUCGAUUAGUCUAUGGCAAAACUUGUCAUUUACCAGUUGAAAUGGAGUAUCUCUCAGCUUGGGCAGUUAAAGAAAUUAAUCUGGAUUUGGAGGCUGCAGGGGAGGCAAGACUUCUUCAACUGAAUGAGUUAGAUGAGCUUCGACUGGAAGCAUAUGAAAACCACAAACUCUACACGGAGCAAACCAAACGAAUUCAUGACAAGAUGAUUGUAAAGCGGGAGUUUCAUGUUGGUGACAAAGUCCUAUUAUACAACUCUAGACUGAGGCUUUUUCCUGGAAAGCUUAAGUCAAAAUGGUCUGGACCUUUUGUCGUCACUGACGUGAUGAAAACACAUGGAGCUAUUGAAGUGGCCAAUGCAGCUGGAACGACGUUUAAAGUGAAUGGGCAGCGUCUGAAACUGUACCAUGAGGGCGCCUUCAACGGCCAAGUAGAAGUUAUGUACCUAGACACUCCCUGA